GCUGCCGGGACGUGGGGUCUCCCCUGGCGCAGUAGCCGGGCGCUGGAAGAGUCGCGAGGGAAACGAGGCUCCCGCUGAGCCGAUAGUAACAACAAAAACAACUUGCGCGAAGAGGUUUGAACAGCGCGGAGCGGUUUGCUGCAGCACUAUGGGCAAUGCACAGGAGGAAGAUGAAGUAACACUCUUUGAAAAAGAGAUGAAAGAGUUUUGGAUCCAGCUUAAAAUCAGUUAUGGCACCGAACAGAGCAAUCAGACUUCAGCGCUGACAGAUUUGUGCAAGGAGACUGUAGAGGCUCUUUCAGAGAAAUGGUCCAAGAAGCUGAAAGAAGAGGACCUGAUGAUAGACAAAAUCCAGGAGUAUAAAAAUGAGAUUCUCCAGCAGGGCAAAUACAUAGCAGAAAAGGAAGAGCAGUUGACAGAAAUAAAAUCAAAGCUAAAUCAAGAAGAAGAGCAGCAGCAGAACUUGACUGACAUCAUCCAAGAGCUUAAAGAAGAGUUGAUGAAGAAAAUGGAAAUAAAAUCUUCUAAAAAUAAAGCUGCCAAGGAGAAAGUGGAACAAGUGAGCAAGAUUACAACAUUGUUUAAAGAGCAUCUUGCAUUGGAGAUGCGUAGAAUACACGACGAGCAAUUACAGUUUAUAUUCAGACACAUUGACCACAAAGAUCCUGACAAGCCAUACAUGUGUACGCUUUCCAUAAAUGAACAAGGGGACUAUGAAGUGAUUUCCUGUACUCCUCCUCUGGACUGUAUUGCAGAGUUACAGCUCAAACUGAGAGAAACUAACAAUUUUUCUGCAUUUGUUGCCAACAUCAGAAAAGCUUUCACUGCUUUAUCAUAUAAACAGUCUGCAUGAAACUAGUUUGUACCUAUCCUUCUGGCAGUAGAGCACUCUUAUUUCCUUCCUUUCAGUGAAAUGGUGUAUUUAUCCAUGUCUGACUCUUAAUUUCUAAAUAAAGAUUUUGAAAGCAAUAUUUUGGUCCACUGUUACAUAGAUACAUUUUGGAUCGUUCUUCAAAUAACAGUAUCACCAACUACUGCCUUAACUGAAUGUCUCUGGACAUGUACAUGUUGAUCCAUUACAUGCAAUAAUGAAGUAAUGAUUUGUGUUUUACUAUCCCAGGGAGAUAAUCAAAAUAAAGUACCUUCUAUAGUUUGUGUAUCUUUUCCAAAAGCAUUGAUGUGUCUUUCAAGUUUCUGUGUGGUUGAAAUAGGCCCAAAACCUAUUAAAAAAGGUGUGCUGAAGCUUAGCACUUACUUUAGUUACUUGUGUCAUAGGUCAUUGACUUGAUUUUUACCCUAACUUGUACUGUGCACUGUUAGAAUUUCUAUUCAUGCAUCUAAAUGGUUGGGUUUUUUCCAUCUGUUAAACUUUGUCAUUGGAAAUCUUUUGACAAGGCAAAGCCUGAAGUAUAGUGGUGACAGAUUAAUCAGGUGUGUAUUUUGCAUCUUUUCAAGAAGACUAAUACUACCACAGUGCUGAGCUUUGAUUUAAAAUAUUCUUUUUCCAUCUUAUAAAGUAUUUUCAUUUUUACAGAUUAUUUAAAGGGAGUGUUGUAAUAAGACAGAAAAUGCUGCAUUUGAUAAUAUACCAUGGUUCAAGUGAAGUCUUUACUAAGUUCAAGAAGAUCUAGAAAGUCUAGUGAAUCAAAAACUAAUAUGGUAAGACCUAGUAAUUUAGGCAUUUUUAAAUCUGAUUAUCAGAUUUUAUCUGAUCUGAUCAGAUAUUUUUGGUACAGUUGGGAAUGUUUCCCACUCAGAUGUGAACUGUAUUUUAAAUAACUUAGUUUGUCUUAACCAUAUGAGCUUGAUGGAUGCACCACAGACUACACCCUCAUCUUCUAGGAGGGCAACUUAACAAAAAAAAAGUAAAAGAGAGAAUCUUCCAUUUCUUCUUCCCUAUAGGGAAUAAUUUGCUGUUUUCUAAGUAGUGCAGCAUUUUCCUUGGUGUGCCCUAUUGAUUUUUUUUCUUGUGUUGCAGUCAGUUAUACACAAACAGCAGUAAGAAGGGUAAAGGUACCAACUGAUUACACUGCAAUUUUGGGAUAAAACAGCAGCAGAGAAAUACUAAGCACUAUUAUAAUGACAUCUCAGAUCAAACAAAUCCUCAGUUUCUGCUUUGUCCUUUACUCCUCUGUCCUCUCUGGGAAUUCUAUAACUGGCACUGGGACAAAGAGGCAAGGGACCGGAACCUGAUUUCAGAGGUCUUAUUGUUCAUUAGUGGAUUUGCUUCCUUUUCAGUCAGAUUAACAGGAAUAUUUAAGUUGCAGGUAUUUCUUUCAACUAAUUGCUUCUACCAAUUAGUAUUCUAAAAGAAUACUGUAGGCAUUUUUCUGGAUGGCAGUAGACUAGCCAGGAGUUUGAAAAAAUGUAUUGAGCCAGCUCUGCACUUCCUGCUUGUGUCAUCUCUCUGAGGCAUUAUGGCUGCUCUUGAUGUCUCUUCCUUGUACAGAAGCCCUUCCAUUUUGGCUUUUCACUAUAUCUAUAUCCAGAAUUACUUCAUUUUGUAGCAUGCCCUUGCCCUACUUCUCCUGUCUGUGCCAAGCACCUCUGAGCUGCUCUGAAAGCUUCAGCAUGCUCAACCAAAUAGUUUACAGGUCUAUGAAAGCAAAGAGACAGGCAAACACACUCAUUUCCAUGAUUUCAAAUGGAGCUGUUUAAUCACUAAGGGUGUAUGUAUUGCUCAGACACCCUCUGUAACGUAUGUGAUUUGAUCAUCUUCACAGGAAAAAGAAACAAAAUGCCUUGAGUAAUGAAGACGAAUGUUCAAACUUGGUGCAAUUUUCUUUUCUUGUUAAUCCCAGGCAUGAGUAGUUAGUGACAAAAUGAAUUUGUCACAAUUGCUAUGCACAGAACAUAAAAUAUGUGGCUACUACUUUAUUGAAAUACACAUUCUUAGAAAUUAUUUGUUAGAGAAUAUGAUGUGCCUGGUUGGAAAUGUCCUGUGCAUAUGCCUAAAGCAGGAAGUUUGAAAUAUUUAUUGUGUAUAAUAUAAAACUUUACAACUCCUUUUGGAGCUAGAAUAAUGUACCUGCUUGUAUUUGCCAGAGAAAUCAGACAGAUAUCUUACUUCCACUAAAACACAGCCAGGCAUUUCAAAAGUGGAUUAAAGCUAGGAAAGUGUAUACAAUAGAUUUGCUUCUUUACUUAUUCUAAAAUACAAAUUAAACUGGCCUGUGAGUUCCAUGAAACACCCUCAUUGUAGUGGAAGAUCUGUCUUGACAUUUUAAAACCUUUGUAGUGCUUAUAGAACGUCACACACCUGAAUAAUUUGGAAUUUUCUAUUUGUUAUGAAGCUGCACAUGCAAUGGGAUCAAAUAGUAGUAAAGACAACUAGGAUAACACAAUAGACUGACCCAACAGAUAGAGUUAUUGGGAACCUGGUAUGCUGGAUAGUACACAGAUACAGAUUGAAAUGACCCAAAGAGCAGAUGGGAAAGGUCUUGAGUUCAAAA